UGACUGUAACGAUGAUCGGCUUCAUCGUCCUUGAUGCUGUUGACGUAUCGAAGACUGGUAUUCAAUACUUCGGUUCCUUCCUAUUGUGUCUUGGGGCAUUCACACCUUCGACUAUCUUCCAUGUGUGGCAUAAUUCGAUGCAUCUGACGUCGGACGUGCUUUCCAUACGGCACUCAUGACAUUCUUUGCAAACUCUUCUGGUCUUAUUGCCUCCAACAUCUUCAUGGCGAAAGAAGAGCCCUACUACAACACCGCCCUCAUAGUCAACUUUAGCUUCCUCGCUGUGGGAAUAAGCCUGAUUCUCAGCUUGCGUACGUAUAUGAUGGUUGACAAUAGGCGGAGGAACACGG